GUCAAAGCGUCAGCUGGUUGUUGUUUUUUCGUAAAUUUUCAUAAUUAUUUGCAAACAAAUCGACAAAAAAUUGUGGUAGGAUAUAAUUUUCAUAAAAAAUCACAUGGCGAAUAAAGUUAUAGCGAAUAUCGAGACUUUUCGAGUGUCUAAUAUACCACCAUCAGCAUUUUAUGUAUCGGAGUUCGUUUCAGCUGCUGAGGAGAGUGGUAUUCUAUCUAACAUUUAUUCGGCCCCAAAACCAAAGUGGACGCAACUUUCUAAUAGACGCUUGCAGAAUUGGGGCGGUAUUCCACACGCCAAGGGAAUGAUAGCCGAGACCAUUCCUCCUUGGUUGGACACCUACCUCGAGCGAAUCCAUAGCCUGGACGUUAUGGAUGGCAAGAGACCUAAUCAUGUGCUGGUGAAUGAAUACUUACCAGGUCAAGGAAUUAUGCCUCAUUUAGAUGGCUCGCUGUUUUACCCAACAAUCACGACCAUAUCGCUCGGAUCGCACAUUGUGCUGAAGUUUCUGGAACCUGGUGAUGAUGAAAAUGAUGUCUCCAUGACACAUGCAUUCUCUUUGCUGUUGGAACCUAGAAGUUUGUUAAUAUUACAAGAUGAACUGUUCAGCCAUUAUCUGCAUUGUAUAGAAGAACUGACAGAAGAUAACUUGGAUGACACAAUUGCUAAUCUAAAUAUGUGUUCUAAUAAUUACACCACAGGAUCCACUAUUCCUAGAGAUACCAGAAUAUCUUUAACAAUAAGACAUGUGCCUAAAACCACCACAUUUAAGCUAAAAAUUGGUAAUAAAAGAUGAUUUCCUACAA